GUACUUAAUUAAUAUUCAUUAGUGGAUCCAGUCCCAUAGUAGGGUUGUGAGAUCUCGCUGGGUUUUAAUUCAAUUAGAAUCGGUGAGCUGGGAUAGGCUGGGAGUUCACUCGGUCCAGACUGAAGGAAAUCAGACGUGGACUAUAAACCAGCAGAAACGAAUAGACAAACAGAGGCGAAUGACAGGAACCGAACGCUGAAAAGUUGGUCAGAUUUGCUGCUGUGGGUCUGAACGGUAUUUUGUAUCUGUUUUUAAUCAGAGAUUAUUGCAACAUGCCACGGCGUACCGUACAAGACGUAACUGUUCAAGACGUGCAAAAGAGAAGAAACCCCAACAAACAUUAUGUUUACAUCAUCAAAGUGUCUUGGUCUGAUGGCAGCAAUGAGAUCAUUUUCAGACGCUACAGUAAAUUUUUUGACCUUCAGAUGGAGCUUCUGGAUAAAUUUCCUGUGGAAGGUGGACAGAAGGAUCCGAAGCGCAGAAUCAUUCCCUUUUUACCAGGAAAGAUUCUGUUCAGAAGAAGCCACAUCAGAGACGUGGCAAUGAAACGCCUCAAACCCAUCAAUGAGUACUGUAGGGCCCUGAUUCAGAUGCCAGUGUACAUUUCUCAGUGUGAGGAGGUUCGUGUGUUCUUUGAGACUCGUCCUGAAGACCUGAACCCCCCUAAAGAGGAACCAACUGGAAGGAAGAAGUCAGGAGGAGAUUCGUCCUCGGGCGACCCGCUGCUAUUGGAUCAGUAUGUGGCUGUCACAGACUAUGAGAAGCAGGAGAGCUCUGAGGUCAGCCUGUAUGUGGGGCAGGUGGUGGAGGUCAUCGAGAAGAAUGAGUCUGGUUGGUGGUUUGUUAGUUCAGAGGACACUCAGGGUUGGGUACCGGCCACAUGUCUGGAAGCUCAGGAUGACCCUGAUGAUUUCUUACUGCCAGGAGGAGCAGUGUGCCGGAGGUUCUGGUCACUGCCGAGGCACGUUGGUCGCCGACGUACUUUAGGGGAUCUGUUCAGCACAGGCUUUGGGCGAGAAGAAAAGUACACUGCGAUCUAUCCAUACUCUGCCCGUGAUCCAGAUGAAAUUGAUUUGGAGAGAGGCAUGACUGUUGAGGUCAUUCAGAAAAACUUGGAAGGCUGGUGGAAGAUCAGGUACCAAGAUAAAGAGGGCUGGGCCCCGGCAUCAUACCUGAAGAAGACUGACAUUCUCAGUCAGAAGACAGCGUCUGGUGCUCCAGUUCACGCCAGCGCUAAUGAUCUAGAUGCUGCUUUUAAACAGCAGUACGCCAGCAAGGAGAAUCAGAUGGACCGAUUUUCACCAUUCUCAGACAGCAAGCGUACAGGGGCACGACAAAGACCUCCACCACGCCGGGAUCUUACAAUACCAAGAGGAGCAAACCUGCCUAAACCUCCAGGGCCUCCACCUGUAGAGGAGGAGUAUUACACCAUAGCAGACUUUCAAACAACCAUCCCUGAUGGCAUUAGCUUCCAGGCAGGAGUGAAAGUUGAGGUCAUUGAGAAGAACUCCAGUGGUUGGUGGUACAUUCAGAUAGAUGAUAAGGAAGGCUGGGCUCCGGUCACAUUUAUUGAUAAGUACAAGAAGACUAUCAAUGCCUCUAGGCCUAACUUUUUGGCCCCCCUUCCUGGUGAGAUGGCUCAGCUGAAGCUUGAUGAUACCUCUAGCAAUAAUGCCAACUCUGAAGAUGGUUGGUCCAAACCCCUGCCGGAUAAACCUUCAUCCAAAUCUGAUUUUCCCACUCGUCCCAAACUGAGAGAUUGGAAGCUCAAUGCAGUCAAAAGCAGUCCCCAUUUCUCAGGGCCUUUACCCCCACCUCCAUCUUCACCUACAAUUGAGGAGAAGCCAGCUUUACCACCCAGGAGAGAGUCCAUCAACAAGAGCCUGGAACUGGAUGACAAACUCAAAACAGACCUUUCCAAACCUCUCCCGCCCAAACCACCGGCUCCAGGGGUCAACAUCCCGUUAGUGACCCCAAAAGCUGCUCCUCUCAAACCGGACAAACCCCCAGAGAUUAAGAAAGAAGAAAAGAACAAGCAAAUCCACAUGCGCAAUGAGAUGGAUUUGGAUUAUGGCCACAAAGUUUUAGAAAACGAGGUGAAAAGGUUUAACCUCAAGCAUGUGGCAAAGCAGCCUCCCAAACCAAAGCCAGAUUCACUUGAAGAAAAGCCUGAUUCUCCGAGCCCAGCCACGUUCAUAAAGCAGAAACCAGUUAUCAGACCAAAACCUGCCCCUGCAGUGAAACCAGAGCCAGCAGCUAAGAACGAGUUGGAUAUCACAAACCUGAGGAGUAAACUUCGUCCAUCUAAGCCUCCAGAGUUUGGUGGCAACUCAAGAGAUCCUAGCCAACAGAAUGACACCUUGUCCAACACAUCCAACAACACCUUGAAUAAUGGCAGAUCAAAUGAGGAGCCAAAAUGCCCCCCUAAGCAACAUAAUGGCCAUGCCCCAUCAGAAACAACUAAACUGCCUUCAACAGCACCAAAACAGCCACCACAAAAGCCUUCUGUGGCUCCUCGAAGACCUCCACCACCGAAGAAGAGUGCUGAGCCUACCAGUCCUAUAGACACUGAAGUUCCUCAAGAAGACUUUCAGGAGGCCAAGCCAGCUGUUCCUCCUCAAAUCAGACCCCCGCCACCUAAAAUGAAAGCUUUCGCUCUGCCAGCCACCAAGAUGGAGGAGAAACCCAAAGUGCCUGUGCCACCUAAGCCCCUCUUUAAAACAGAAAAACCUGGACCUCCGAGAGACAAACUCCCACCCCUGAUCAAGGAGCCAGCCAAAGAGGAGCUGUUCUUAGCUGUGGCAGACUUCGAAGGAGACGAGCAGAUGCCUGGCUUCAAAGAGGGUGCUGUUUUUGAAGUCCUGGAGCGGAGUAGCAGUGGCUGGUGGUUUUGUAAAAAUGUGAGUGAUGGGCCAGUUAUGGAGGGCUGGAUCCCUUCAAACUACCUGACCAAGAAACCUUAAGUACUCUGAUACAGCAGCCUAUUAUUGAAAAUGUAUUUAAUUAACAUCUUUUAUUUAUGGGUACCAAAAUAUAUAUAUUUUUUACAUUACAUUCCAUCCUUUGCAAGUUCAAACAUGCUAUAAUAAUUAGUUUGCUUUAACUAGUUUUUUGUAACAUUCCCUUUGGGGAAAACCAUGUGUAUAGAUCAAGAUGUUCUUUCAGAUUAUAACAUUGAACCUCACAUUACUUGCCCUUUUUAUGUUAAAUCAAACCUUUUUAUAUGUAUCGCUGAAGAUGACUAGCAAUAUAUAAAGUAUAAUAUGCAAAGUGAUCAGCACUUUUUGCGUAGUAUAUGCAAAUAAGCAAAAAGCUGUCUUUGUGCAGUGUGUAUAAGCAAAUAUAAAUUCUAGAGUAUGAUUCUAUAUUACACAUGCAAUUAGAGCUUACAUAGCAAAAUCCAAAUCUUGGAAACCCUUUGAACACUUUAAAAUAUUCAUAUUGGUAAUAUAGCAAGCGUUAGUUUACAGCUAAAUCCUAAUAUCUAAUAGCGAGCAAUAGAAAUUACUUGGUCUUGGAAAAAUGAUUCAGAUGCUACUACAUAGCACCACCUUUCCUAAUUUUUUAAUGUUUAAUGAGAAUUAUUUCUUGUUUUUAAUUUGCACUUUUCAUAGAUUUUGUGUAGAUUUCUGCACUGUGCAGAAACAGACCUGAACAAAUGGCUUUGAUUUACAGUAUUGCGGCACCCAUUUUAUUUCAUGAAUAUCGCUAACCCUGCCCCUCCAAUUGCUGUACCAAUCAUCCACAUUUGUAAAUAGGAGUAAUGGAUUACCUCAGAGCAGCCAUAAUAUUGUGAUUUUUAAUGUCAGUAUUGCCCUCAAAAGUAUUUUCAUACCACUGACAAAGAUCCAGUCAUUGUCAAAUUGUUUUCAUGCAUGCUUGACUGGUUUCAAGCAUAGAUUUGAUUAAUAUGUUUACUGUUAACACUACAUUUGAAAAUGUAGUCAUUGUUACCUAAAAUAUCAAUGUUGUUUUUUUUUUAUAUACAUUUUUUAGUGCCCAAUUGGAUUUGUUGACAAUACCGGGAGCACCGAAAAUAAUAUGCUCACUAGUUGCUCUAUGGUCAUUAUCUCCAAGUAGUUUAUUAACAGGGACAGAUUAUGACUUGCAAAUCUCCCGGGGCCAAUUAUCUCCAAGGGCCCCCCAAAAGUUGUUGACUUCUUGGGAUCGACAGACUGGCCCCCAUUGGCCCGAUCGGUAAACCAUUCCUGCUUCUAAAACAAUUUGAUCCAACUCUAAAUAAUGUGCAAGUGCCUGAGUUGUGAAUUAAGGUUAAGAGAGGAUAACAGAAUGUGUUGUGGUAUGGCUGACAUUAAAAUACAAUUAAUUUGCAAAAGAAAAAAAAUUGUAUUAUGAGGGACAAAACAGAGGAUUAAUACUGCAUGUAUGGAAAGUGAUUGUUAAAUCACAAUUUGUGAUACUUUGUCCAUAGUAUUUCAAGGUUUGACUAACUUUUUUUUUUUUUACUUUAAUGUAAAUCAAAUAAACAUUUCAAAUUGCUGGUGUUUUUUAUAUUAAUUAUAUGUGUAAGCCAGGGCAGUUAUUAAGGGUACAGUUGUUUUGCUGACCUUCAUUUAUUCCUGUUCUUUAAAGAUUU